GUGCGGGCAAUGAAACAGUUAACUUAUGUUAUGUAAAGUACGCGCUAGCCAGAUGCCAGAGAGGGUAUAGCGAUAUUCGUCGGUGUGUGACCUAAUCAGCUAUCAUCAUCAGCAUCAUCAUCAAUAGCAGUAGCAGCAGCAGUGCCACUUUGGGUUGCGUCUUCGCACUCCGUAAGGCAGGGAAGAAGAGUGGUGACCUCUUGCUCCGUCGAUGCUCUAUGCUGAAAUAUUCGUGGCAGUCAGUCAGUGUCUCGUCUGGCAGCAGUCAAGAGGAAAAAUAGUACACAUUCAGAGUGUGUUUUGUGUGUACAAAUUGUUGAAAAAAUAACAGUGGUUGAAAGUGGCCCAUGACAGAAGGUCUGACAGAUCACGCAAGUGAGCGCAGCGAAAAAAAGAAAAUGGAUUACGGGAGUGCUUGAAUGGAAGAAAAAUUUAUAAUUUAGCUAUAUUUUUAUUAUAUGUAGUUUUCACGUUUCUCUCGUAUGUUGUUCACUUCAUUCCAUCACACAUACCAGUGGGCGCACGUUUGCACAACAAUGGCUGGCACAUAGCAGCAGAAGAGAUCGCAUGGUGCACUAGUGUUGGUGAGUCCACGAGUGGACAAGUGUAUUCGUAGAAGGUCUUCGAUUUGCAAAUGUGCUAGUGUUGUUCGUCGACGAAGACGACGACGGGUGUUUAUACGUGCAGUUGAGAAAAGCAGAAAAAAUCGAAUAAGAUUUUGACAGCUCGCCGCUUUUGAUCAAAUAAAAAUAAAAAAGGCGAGUUUUAUUGAUUAUUUUCACGACGAAGAUUAAAAUAGGGAGCAAAGUGUGAGAGUGCAGGGCAUUUCUUGAGAAAUGAAUCUUGGCAGGUCCACCAAGGAAUAUAUAUGUGGCACGAAGGCCAUUCAGUGUGAGUGAACAAGUGAGAAGCCAAAGAAAUUGUCUAGCACGGUCCUAGCCAAGAAAGUGUGAAUAAAAUGGUCCCAACAGUGUCUAGCUCGCGGAAGAGAGCUCCAAUCAAGUGAAGUCGUUUUACUACGGGUCCUUUUAGCGAGGAUAUUGUUCUGUAGUGUUCAGUGAAAUAAUUCGCAGUGUCACAGAAAUGUACAGGAUAUGACUACAGACGUUAGUCGACAAUGGAGAAAGCUCGGAUUAAACGGCACGAAGGAGUCUCAAACGAGAUCUCCAGCUGCCAAAUCCUUGCCCCCACUCCCUGAUCUAGUCCCGAAUCAAAGCGAAACCACUUCCAAGCAAACCCCUACUCGUAAAACCAACAAAAACAACAACAAUCUAAAAAAGGUCAACAGAAACCUCGACAAAUCGGUCGCGUCACAGUCGGAAAUCAUCAUAGACGGAAGCAAGUACAACUUGAAGCCCAUCAUCAAGCUGAAAGCGGUUCCUUGGCCUCAAAACAAUUCCGAUAAGAAACCACAACCGAAGAAGUUUCAGGCUAAAGACAUUUCAAACGGCAGCACCAAGAAAAACAUCACGAAAAACGAUAGCGACGUCGCGAGUGGUGAUAAAAAACGUCGCUCUGCUGGAAAGAGACAGCACUACAAUAUUGUUGCAGCAGGGGAAAACAAUGACGUCGAGACAAAGUUGAUACUACGGCGGCGCAACAACACUCCAAAAGGGAAGCGUUGCGCGACAUUGAUCGCUGCCACCAAUACCAACACACAAACGUCAUCAUCGACUGUUGCAACAAAUUCCCAAAACAAAAACAACAACACGGCAAUGUUAUCCAGCAGCAAUGAUGGAACCGACGAGAACAUUCAAAACGUCAGAACUAUCGAUCCCCACAAUAAUAACAAUCAACCGAAGCGCAAUAUUAAGCAAGAACCUCAAGAACCAAUGCUUCUUGCAACACAAAUCAAGCAAGAACCGAUCGAGGGUCACCGUAAAUCCAGUCGACGGAGACAGUUCACCGAUCGAAUCAUCGAUACCAUGUGCAUCCCGGAAUUCUAUUUCAACGCCAGGUGUCGAAGCAAAACGAAAAAGGCUACCGCCAAGAAAAAGAAUCCAGUGGCUAUUGCAGCGGCAGCUGCUGCAGCUGCUUCUUCCUCGUCGGCGGCCAAAACCAACAGUCGCACUACGCCGAGCAAAAGUAAAACAAAUAAUGCAACCUGUGCCAGAGCCAGCAGUGGUGGAAGAAAAUCAAAAGAAGUAACAACCAUUCCUGCUGCAGAUGAUACUUCAUCAAUUCCGCGAUUGAAUCCCAUCUUCUUGUUUGUGAAACAGGAAGACACCCGGAUCGUUGAGGUCCGCUGCGAAGACUAUGACAAACGCAAUCGUAUACGAAUAACCAAAACUCCCAAUGGCCUGUGGAGGUCAUUUCCACGCACGGACAAGAGUUCGUCGGUGGUAUUUUCCCUGUUGCCCAAAAAGGUACAAUCGUCGCUGGCUGACGGUCGUGCAUCGAAGGUAUGCAUACCAAAGUACAAAAAACUACACAAAAAGAAAAAGAAGCACAAAAAGGAGAAACGAAGAAAGGCUUUGGAGGAUUCAGUGGAGCAACAGGACGAAGGCGACGAAUGUUUGGAAGUGCACGAGCAACUAGAUAAGAACGAGGUCGAGGCCGACGAUGACGUUAUCGACAUAACGCCUAUCGACGAACUGGAGGAGGAUAUUAGUUUGAACCUGAAGGAUUUGAGCCAAUCGGAUGUUACUGUUGAAGAUAUUAGUAAUCAAAAUAAUUUAACCGUUAAUAGCAACAAUAUCAGUAGUAAUAGUGAAUGUAAUGCUAACAUAAGUAGCAUAAAUAUCGCCAAUAGCCUAGAGGAAAUCAGUACCAAUAGUAUUAACGCCCACACUAGUAACACAGAUAGCAAUAAAGACGACGGCAGUGACAAUGACGUCGAACUGAUACAGCCGGAAGAGGAGGAGGAAGAAGAAGAAGAGAGUUCGGUGAUCAGAGAACACCAUUCCCAGGAAUUAGUGCACCAAGGAACGAACGUAGGUCAAGCAGGUGCAGGAAUCGUAACCUGGUCGGAGGAAUUGGAUAACAUCGAGGCACAGAUACCAUCAACCAUCAUCUCGGUGCAAGAACUUCAACGUGUUCGCAGCAGUGCGCAUGCCAAUGGCAGGGUUGAGCAGCACACCACAACAACGGCGGCGCUCAAUAAUUUGAUUGCACUAAAUGAACUUGGGUUUAAUCAUCAGGAAAACCACGCGAACGAAUGCAUCGAGAAAACAAUCUCCUAUCACUUGGAGUCUCUGCAGGCGGUUGCGGUAGCGGCUGCGGCAGCUGCUGCUGCCAGGAGCAACGGCACUAGCACCUCUACAACCGCAACCGAUUCGAGCAAACAUGGCACUAUUGGUGCAUCCUCGGAUGCUAUCGGUGCAGGUCCUUCCGCCACCAUCGGUCCACCCACCGUGACAGUGGGUGGCAAUGGCAGCAAUAGUGUGAGUGCGAAAGAAGUUGGGGAACAAGGUGGCGAACCGUUGCACACAUCAACAACUUCCGAUGCACCGACUGUGCAUGAGAUUGACGACGAUGGAGACGAAGUGUGCGUUCUGGAGUCGGAUCCAACGCCAGCACAGCAUCAGCACCAGCAAACAAAAGGACGAAAUGAAAAUAUGUGCCUGGAUAGUGCAGUAUACGAAAAUUGUAAGACGGAAUCGGAUUGCAUCCAGAACGCGGAAGUGCAACCACACAUCACAAUCAGUAGUGACAGUGAGCUGGAGGAUGAUGAUCCCAAGCAUCAUCAUCUGAGUGAAUUUAACGAUUGCAGUGACCUAAUCGAAGGUAUUCGUGAAAUCCAAUCCGCAAAUCCAGAAGACUUACUACAUGCCAACUGUGGUGAAAAUACAAUGACUGGUGCCGAAUUGCUCGAUUCACUGGUGGAGCAACGGUGUGAAGACAAUCAUAUUUCCGGAACCGAUGAUCUCAAGAACACUAUCUAUUCCAUAUCAGACGACUAUAACGACGAUGAUGAUGUCCUCUUGGAACCAGAACCUGUUGCCGACAUUAUCUCGCGUCUAGGUGAAUCAUUAAGCACAUCACCAAAGUGUUUAUCCUUUAACGAAGCUGGUGAAAUUGAAGGACUUACCGGAGAUUUGUUUGAUACCACCCAUCAUUCGUUGCAGAUGGACGACAAUCUACCCAAUCCAUUCUCCUCACAAAACCCCACGUUGGACGAACUGUCCAUCACGAUAAAAGACCUCACCGACAGUAGUGAGCAUGCCAAUUCCUAUUUCAAUGCUAGUGCCGAGAAGAGUAACAAAGAAUCCGAUACCCCCAUAGUGAUUUCACCAGAUUCCUGUCAAGAAGAACUACCAAAGGAUCUUAGCUGUCGAAAACGUAGUGAAAAGAGCACGGACUCAAUAGUGACCCUAUCCCCUUCCCCGCGACCAAUAUCCCACAGUUCCGAUGCCAUACAGUCACCGCAACCCAGCGGGCUUCCUGCUGUACCUCCAUCUCCCGACAUAUUCCUACAACCCAAAUCAAUCUCUAAUGCAGUUAUUGAAAAUCUCAUCUCGCAAGCCUCUGCAGCAUCCUCCAAACCCCGACCUGCAAAUCAGCAAAAGGAACCUCUCGAUCUUGGAAAAUGUCGAAAGUCUGCUAGUCCUACGGUUAGCUGUUCAGAGGAGGCCAAACGCCAAUCGUCCUCCGACGAUGAGCCCAAAUCAAAACGGAUCAAAACCGAUCCUGAAAGUACCAAAACAUCCACCUCGACAGGAUCCGGUUCAAGUAACAUCACGGAAAAUCCCGCUGCCUCUGCCGUCGCCAUUGGAAGCGGUAGCAAUAGGAGUACUCCAUCCACUCACACCAAUGCGAGCGAAUCAACGCGUUUGGUUGAAAUGCUAACUUCCGGUAACGAUCCGGAUGCCCUCACUCAGCUACGCUUGCUGGUCAGCAAUCCAGCGUGGAAGGUACCUGAUCCACUACUAGUGCCAAAGGAUCGCCUCAACGCCGUACUAGCGUCGCCGGCUCGAGAGAUUCCACUUCUUCUGACCACCAGGCCUGAGCUGCGGCUACCUGAAGCAUUCGCAUUUCCUAACAUCCUACAGGAUCCUGAUAUACUAGUAAUUUCACUUUCCCAACUCGAGAAAAUUCUUGAAACGCAAGAUGAGCUCCUGAAGCUGAAAUCCAAGACCGAUAGCAGUAAGAAAACGGCCCCAAGUCCACUAGAAACUUUGAAACAAACUCUCACUGCACAAGCGGCUAAACAGAACCCCAUGAUGAGUUCGUUACUCGCUUCUGGGCUCGCUGGUGAUAUUGAUGCCGCAACGGCAGCCGCAUUCAAUCAAAUGCUGUGGCUACCCUACCUAGGCCAAAUGGGUCAAUUUGGACCGGAACUCCUCAAGGCUAUGAUGAACAUUCCAAAUGCGAACCCUAGCCUCUCCGAAAUGCUACCGUUCAUGAAUCCUCGAUUCCAAGAUCUAUGUGGCAUGGCGUCCAACUCCGUAGACUACAAGCGUCAACUGGAGUUUGCCAUGUGGCAGGACGCCCUCAGUCAAGUGAACACGGCCAGUUUGCAGCGCAAGCAGGACGCUCAAAAGAAGGCAGCAGUCACUAUCGAUCGCAAGCCAAUAAUUCCGCCAAAGACCCUGGAGCAACAACGUUCCGUAGCAGCGGUUGCCGCUGCCGCAAGCAUGUUCCAACAGCAGAGCCAACAAAACAAAAAAUCCAGCUCCGUAAUGAACUCCCUGAAUCCUCUCUCAAUACCUCAGUUCAUGACCCCAUCGAUGCCAAAUAAUCGUUUCGCCAGCAACAGCCGAACCUCAACCAUGCAAUCUCCAUCCUCGCUGCAGCAGCAACUAAACCAUUCGGGAAUCAAAACCAUGCCAAACAUGAUGAAUCAAGCUGCAGCCGCUGCGGCCGCCGCCAAUGCGCAGAUGCGGCAACAGCACACCCGACCGCAACUUGCCGCCGCACAAAAGAGCAAACAAAAUGUCAACUCCAUGUUCCCUAACAAUCCUUUCUUCAACCUUCCGACCACCUUCCAAGAAUUUCACGAGCAACAGCAGCAACUUGCACGCAAGUUGCAGAAAGAUCCCCAGAGUCACUCCCGAGAGCAGAUGCACCACCAUCAGGAGGAGCAGAAGCCUCGUGUGACCUGUAAAUCGCUUAUGAAUCUCCUUCAACCGGAAAAGCAGCAACAACUGCAGCAAAAGCAAACCGUCAACAGUAAGUUGGCCAAUCUGAUGGCACUGCCAGGCAUGGACCUGUACGCAGGGUCCGGUCAGCACGAUCAGCUGCAGCAGCAAAUGUUCUUGCAACAACAGCAACAGCAGCAACAGCAACAACAACAGCAACAGUUGCUCCAACAACAGCAGCAACAGUUGCUUCAUCAACAACAGGCGCAGCACCACCACCAACAGCAACAGCAGCACCAAGGAAAGCUGAAGGUCAAGCCUGGAUUGCAUUUGCUUGAUCCGGCGGCCAUUCAGCGGAGGUUGCUUAAUACGGACGAGUUGCCCGAAGUGGGCAGCACUACCAGCGGCCUGGAUGAUUCGACGGACCUGAGCUCUCCGCUGUGGCACCCGCUCUUCGGAAGGUGAGUGCGAUUUUCUUCUUUGUCGGUAUAAUUUUGCUGUGGAAUUUAUUGUUUGACAAACAAUUGGAAGCGGUUUUGAUGAAAUUACUGCUUUUUGGGGCGGAUGUUGUUAACAAGCAGGGAACGUGUAAGAAUGAGUGGAAAAAAGUUUGAAAAGAGUUGCUGGAUUGGUUUAGUCAGUGUUUUACGCAUUUUACGAUAUCAGCAAUCUUGCUGUUUGAAAGUUGUGAACACGUUCCGCUUGCAGGGUUUGACAAAUUCAAGAAAAGUUUUGUGUCCGCAAAGUUCGCUUUGAAUUAAUUGCUUGGAGCCUACAAAGUUUUAUGAACCAUAUUUAGGGUAGAAGUACCAAUUAUGGCUAUAGCACCAAUUAUGGCAAUAGUGGGAACAAAAAGAGAUUUUUAUUAAUGUUUCACUAGAAUAUAACGGCUAAUAUUCACAGAAAUGAUAAAACUAUUUGUUUUUGAUGGUUACUAAACCUUGAAAAGAACAUUCGUGCAAUAAGCUUCGAAAAAUGAACAUUUAGAAAUUUUACCUCACAUUUAUGUCACCUUCUUAGCAGUUUGCUAAGGGACACCCGUUACGAAAUGUAUGUUUUCAUCCGGAAAAACUGCUUCAACCGAUGAAUGUAUGAUGCCUAGUGAGAACAAAUGAAUAAAUGUAGCUGGUGUGCAAACAAAUCUUCUGUUUUAAAUUGGAAAUCGUGUUAUUUCCACUAUGUCGAUAAAUGGUACAAAGAGUGUAUGAGAGCCCAAUUAUGGCAAUACUCUGGAGGCGGUUUGUUUACAUUUUUUGAUCAGUGAAAUAAAAAAAGUAAAGCUAUUUCACGGGUUACUUCCACGACGGGACGGUUUGGUAAGGCAUUAUCUGCGUGUUUUGUACCCAAUUACUAAGAUUUUUCAAUCACACGUUCGAAAACGUUCGCAAGCGGAAGAUGCUAAUUUCAUGGUAUAGAAGGGUUUUCAGCGACACUCGAUUUUUGAAUUUUCCCUCUUUUUUUCGUUAAAAUUAGGCACUGGAAAGGUAAUGUGAGAUCAUUAAUGCUGUUUUGUAUCAUAAUUUGCAUUUACACUACAUUUCGACUCCUUUUCGAAAAUUAAUUUUCUCCCAUGAACCCAUUGCAAUAAAUUGAUUUAAAAUCUAUUUAACACAAAAUUUUUGGAAAGUUUUAUGAGCAAUCACUUCAUUACAUAUUAGCGUUGCAUUAUCAUUCGCUCUGGAUGGCGUUUGAAUUCAUUUCGUGCAAAUAUUCGAUAGUCCAUAAUUGGUACACUUUUAUGUCGAAUGCUAGGAACGCUAUUGCCAUAAUUGGUACAAAGACAACGCUUUUUAAAAUCAAUUUUUAGCAGCUCAAAGUCAAUUUAGUACUAAAACUGCUUAAAUCAACAGAUUUGCAAGGUUUUAAACUAGUAAUUGACACCAACAAGUCAUGCUCACGUUUUAGAAACGCGGUGAAAACUUGAUUUUUAUCACUACUGUUGACAUAUUGCAUCCAUAAUUGGUACACCUACCCUAUACUUCAGUAUCAUAACAGCGAACUGCUGUAAUCGAUUUGUUAUUCGUCUUUUCUUUGUCGUCGAUUUGCGAAUCGGCGGGCGAAUAGAAUUCGGAGUUGUGAAAUUUGGUGUGAUGGUACAUUUGUGAAAAUGGAAUUUGAGGAAUCAACAUCAACAUCAAAUUAUGGAUUUCGGGAUAAUAGGGCAGUAUUUCGCGUAAUAAUCCAAAAACAAAGUCAAUGGAGACAAAAAAAAAACAAACAUUGCAGUCAUGUCGUUGUGAUACUGUACUCAAAACAAGGAUACAGCUUAUUUUUGGACAUUUCUCACAAUCAAACUUCCAUGUUUUGGUCAAAAAUAUAAAAAUGUAGAGGGGACGAAAAUGACUUGAGAGACAAUUUUCAAGUAGCAUGUCUUCAGUUGAUUUAUGUAGCUUUUUUAAUUUUCUACUUACUUCGAAUCAAUUAGCACCAU